UAGGGGUUAUUCUGAACCUAAAUCUUUUUCUGAGCCUAGGGAUUUCCUAAGCGGAACAGAACCGAUUGUUUUGUUCCCAGCUAUUCUCAGAGGUGAAUACGUCGCUACUGUUUCGUUCGCCUCUCAUCAGCUCGCUGCUUCCGCUCUCUGUGGAUUAAGUGGAAGGAGUCUUCCUGUCCCGAAUCAGGCGUUUUUCAAUCCCUUCGCGAUCUCCAUGGCAGCGCUCCUUCCGUCCGCAUCAUGCAUCGGCUUCGCUGCGAAUCAGCUCAGCGGUCGCAAGCUGGAGUCACUCGCCUUGAAUGCGUCGCCCAAGCAGCUGCGACGGCCGGCGACAGUGAUGGCGGCUGCGAAGAAGGGUGACGUCGCACGAGUCGGCGUGCUUGGAGCUAGCGGCUACACUGGCGCUGAGAUCGUUCGUCUGCUGGCAGUGCACCCGUCCCUGCAAGUCACCCUCAUGACCGCGGAUCGCAAGGCCGGGCUGCCGCUCUCCUCCGUCUUCCCUCACCUCAUCUCCCAGGUCGAUCUCCCCAACAUGGUGGCCGUGGCUGAUGCAGAUUUCUCACAGGUUGAUGCGGUCUUCUGCUGCCUGCCCCAUGGCACCACCCAGGAAAUCAUUGCUGCAUUGCCCGGGCACCUGAAGAUUGUGGACCUGUCCGCAGAUUUCCGGCUGAGGGACGUGAACGAGUAUGCGCAGUGGUACGGCGGCGAGCACAGGGCGCCCAAGCUGCAGGAGGAGGCAGUGUACGGCCUCACAGAGAUCUACAGAGAUGCAGUCAAGGCUGCGCGCCUGGUUGCCAAUCCCGGCUGCUACCCCACGUCCAUCCAGCUCCCACUCAUUCCGCUGCUUCAGGCCAAGCUCAUAUCGCCUGAUGGCAUUAUUAUCGACGCCAAGUCGGGGGUGAGUGGAGCGGGGCGCGGAGCCAAGGAGGCAAACUUGUACACGGAGGUGGCGGAGGGUAUUCACCCCUAUGGCGUUACCAACCACAGACACGUGCCUGAGAUCGAGCAGGGUUUGAGUGAAUUCGCAGGAGGGGAUAAAGUCACCGUCAGCUUCACCCCGCAUCUCAUGCCCAUGUCACGUGGCAUGCUGUCUACCAUUUACGUCCAGAUGACACCUGGUACAACAGUGGACAGCCUGAGAGAACACCUGACCAACAGAUACCAGGAUGAGGAGUUUGUGGUGGUGCUGCCCAAGGGCAUCGUUCCGCACACACGCCAUGUGAGGGGGUCCAACUACUGCCUCGUCAAUGUCUUCCCAGACCGCAUUCCCGGCCGUGCAAUCAUUACCUCGGUGAUUGACAAUCUGGUGAAGGGCGCAUCGGGCCAGGCCCUUCAGAAUCUCAACAUCAUGCUUGGGCUGCCUGAGACCGAAGGUCUCAUGCAACAGCCCAUGUUCCCCUGAAAACGUGCAACUUAGAUUUGCAAUUUAAUUGCCAUGGAUUGGUCUGUAUUUCUAUCAGCUCUCGAACUUCGUUCAUUGAUUUGAGAGCAACGAGAAUCAAUUAUUUUGCACAUCUGGCCUCCUCCAAUUAUAGACAAAAUCACCCAA